AUGGAAGGCGGUGGGAGGAGGAGGAGGUUCGAGGGCCUGGAGGCGCAGGCAAAAGAGUUAGAGCAGCAGAUGAGGGGCAGACAUGGUGUAGGACAAGAUAUGCGACCCCACAAGCCUCUCGAUGCUGGCGGCAGGGUCGCCGACCAAGUCCAGAUCUACCUGAGAGGAGACGGAAGCACCAGUGUAGGGGCAGGGUCAGGGUUGCAGGGUGCAGGGCAGGCUGUCGUCAUGGCGGAACUGCACACCCUGCGACACAUGCUGUCAGAAGCCUCUGCUGUCAUGAACGAGAGUGCUCAGAGAUCAGACCGACUGGAAGAUGAGCUUGGAAAGUGUUAUGAAGACCUCCGGGUCAGCCGUCAAUCGGAGGAGGCGUCGGAGAUUGCGUUGAAAGUUCAGACAGAGCUGGUGGAGAAGAGCAACGCGCAGAUCAAGCAGCUGACCGAAGAGCUUCGACAAGUGAGAGAAUCUCAAAACGAAUGGCGAAGUAAGUGUGAGGAAUAUCGACUCAAGCUAGAACAGCUAAGCGGGUCGGGGGACAUCGAAUCGAUGCGCGAACAACUGAUGCAGCUUAAGGCACAGAACAACGAGUACAACAGAUUGAGACUGCUGGACGCAGAGAAAAUUGCUACUCAACAAGCAGCGAUUGAGCGGCUGGACGAGCUAGAGGAUAAACUGAACGGAAAGGAGCGAAGUCUGAGAGAGUCUAAGCAGGAGGCGGACAAUUGGAGAGCUAAGGCAGAAGCUUUCUCGGCAGAGCUGUUGGCAUGGAGAUCGAAAAGCGAAUCGUGGGAAUCGACGAAGGCCUCGAGCGUCAAGUCUCUGCAAGCAGAACGAGACAGGCUGCAAGUUGAGUGGCAGCUGAUGCGCGAGUCUCUUCAGAGUGCUGAGGCAACUCUGGCCGUGCAGACAGCCGCUGUGCAGAGACUCGAGGCAGAGCUUACGGAGGAGAAGCAGAGGAAUAGAGACGGCUACAGGGCGCUCGAGAGCUGGGAAGAGAAAGAGAACUCGUGGAAGAGAGAAAUACUUGCCAUUAGAACUAGGAUGGAGGACGAGAUUAGCUCACGUAAAGAGAAAAUCGACCAGCUUCACAAGACUGUUGAGCGGCUGGAGGAGGAGAGAGAUGAGCUGGGAAAGACUCUGAGCAGCGCGGAGGCUUCUCUUGCUGUACAAACAGCAGCGGCGCUGGCGGAAGUGAAGUCACUUCAGAUUCAACUCGAUGACGCGAGAAAGAAGAAGGACGAGACGCUACGAAGCCUGCACGAGAGCACCGACACCUUUGAAACAACCAUCAACGACUUGCGAAAGGCUUACGGGGAGUCAGAGUCACGUGGAAAGAUGUACAUGAACGAGAACGAGAAACUACAGAAGGAGCUGGAGGUGCUGCGAGACUCGAUGAAGGACCUAGAAGCGAUGAAGAAGGACUACGAGAGGAUGCGAUACGAGCUUGUUGCCUUAAAAAGCGCCGGGAUGAAUGGAAACAAUUCAGCCAAUGGCUUCAAGCAGAUCCAAGAUGAAAGAGACCGCAUUCUUCGGGAGCUUGAGAUUUUGCGACCCAAGUAUGAAGAGAUGAAGGCGGAGACGGAGGCAUGCAAGGCAAUCAACAAGCGGCUCGAGGCAGAUGUGCAGCAGCUGAACAUCAAGUUGGGAGAGUCGGAGGGAAGAGCAGAGAAGUUCCAUGGGGAGGCGCAAGGUUAUAAAUCUGAGGUGGCAAGUUUAAGGAUGCAGCUGGAAGAUGCGGUAGCUCGGAGUGAGCAUGCAAUAGCAACGCUGAGAGAAGAAAGAGACAUCCUGCACUCUGAGCUUGAAAGACUGCGAAAUUCAUUGCAGGUAAAGGCAGCCAGUGCGGAGGUGACAGCAGGGAUGCAAUCAGUGGCGAAGCUCUCCAACGUGGACGCUAGGACUGUCUCUUCUCAGGUCCGGGUAUACGGCGAUGCCCAUACCUUGCAGGGGCAGCUCCAUCAGCAAAUGGAUGUCUUCCGCCAGCAGACAGCCCAGCUGCGUGGCAGCUCGGCCCGCCCCCGGAUGGUGUAUGAUGAAUUCCGUCCUGCAGCUGGGAAGCCAAGGAGACGAGCGGGGGGGCGACCGGACGGAGGAUCCUUGGCCUUGGGAGGGCAGGCAGUUGCGGGAAACCUUGCAGGGGCGCUGGUGAGGAGCAGAAAUUCCAACCUUCAGUCGUCGCAUGCUGACGGCGGGGGAAAACCUUUCUGGGAUGAGGAGAGGAGGACUCGAACGCAAAGCACUCAUCGUCCCAGCAGCGCCAACUAUCAUCCUCCUCCUCCUCGUCUCACAGGCAAAGACUUCAGGAAGUAUGAGGACAUCAGUCUCGUCGAAGAAGCAGCCGAGUGGCUUGCGGCACAGAGUGUGAGGGUUGUUUCUUCAGCGGGGGAGACAUGGUUGCAUGCCAUCAGAAGCGGAUCUGAGGGCGGCAGGGAUGAGCGGAGUGAGUUGGGCUCGCGCGUCCUGGUUGCUGACGCCGUCAUGCACUAUCACGGGGGGAUCGAGGCGGUGGCAACGAGGCUGUCGAUGCAGAUCCAUCAUUCCACUCGGAGCGCUGCCAUAGGUCAUGGCGUUGUCAACGAUCCGUCGCACUGGAACAAGUUCAGUCACGUUCGCCAAGCGGUGCUCGAGCUGGCAGAGGCUCUCUGCUCACCAGACACGAUGCCAUCCUAUGCUGCCAUGCGAGCGUCUGGCUUCCGGGGUCUGGCCGAUGCAGUGCGAUCCAAGUACGGGGGACUUAAGGGCGUGGCAGAGACUCUUGGACUUCAGCUGUCGUCCGCUUUUGCUGAAUUGUAAUGAAGGAAACGAAGCUAA